AUGAACUCGACCAGGGUCGUGCUAGCUGUGGUGAUGACCAAGGGAUACGUCACUGAGCAGCUGGAUGCAGACACGGCGUUCGUGAACAGUGAUCUCAAGGAAGAGGUGUACGUGGAAGUGCCAAAUGGCAUACCUUAUGCAUAG